GAAGCAAAAUAAAAUCAGAAUUGAAUUUGAAAUACAUGAUUUCAAGGUUCCUGGCAUGCAAAGACCUGGUGGAAUGAUGGCACAACCUCAUCUGUCAUAUGUAGAAACAGUGAUUCAUCAAAGGUACAAAACUGUAAGGAUCUCAUGGUUUCAUGGAGGCAUCAAUGUUACUAUUGCAGGAUCAUGGAACAACUGGCAAACAGAGGAGGCCUUGCAGAAUGUAGGUGAAAAUAACUUUGUCAUUGAGAAAACCCUUCCAAUAGAUAUCUAUCAUUACCGUUUCAAUGUAGAUGGUCAUUGGACACAUGCUCCAGAAUAUCCAUCAGGUUUUAAUCAAGAUUCAGGUUUUGGGUACAAUAUAUUGGAUUUGCAGGAUUAUAUCCCACAAAGAGCAGAAAAUGAAGUUGCAGAUCCACCAUCACCGGUAUCUAGUUACGACAACAUAUAUGAAAUUGAAUCCAACAUGCCACCGCCAGAACUACCACCACAAAUACCGGUGACAUUAACAGAAGAGGCUUCGACAAGUAAUGCUGGUCGAGUCCCUAGUUUCCCACACACGCAACUGAAUCAUCUAUACAAAUCUGUUGGUGAUCAAUUUGUCGCACUAAGAUCAACUCAAAGGUUUCAACAGAAAUUUGUCACUACAGUACUCUACAAGUCCCUUCACAGGGAAACAUGAUGCAGCAUUUUGUUUAUUUACCUGCUAUUGAAUUUCCUUUAAGUCGUUCAUUCAUUUUAGAACAUUUUUUAAGUUCAUUGUAGAAAUUAGAUUGGAAUAGGUAAAUUAAGAAUUUAUUUUCAUUUAAACAACUUUAGGUGUUGUUAGGUAUUAAUUUUUUUUUUCCUUUGUCAGGACUUG